AGAAAGACUGGGAGGAUGGCGAAUUGGGCGGAGCAGCUGCAGGGCGAGCUCGCCGGCCGCGGCCUCGCCGUCGCCUCCAUUCCCGGGAAGGGCCGGGGCAUCGUUGCCUCCCGCACCUUCUUCCCAGGGGAAGUCAUUAUCAGCCAAGAACCUUACGUUUCCACACCCAACAAGAUUUUAGUCGGAUCAAGCUGUGACCAUUGUUUCGCGUCUAGCAACCUGAGGAAGUGCUCGGUUUGUCGAGUUACUUGGUACUGCAGCAGCAAUUGCCAGAAAGUAGAAUGGAAACUACAUCAGCUCGAGUGUAGAGCGAUGGCAGCGCUUACGGAGGAUAGAAAGAAGAUGCUUACUCCCACAAUUCGUUUGAUGGUGAGGCUGGUACUAAAAAGAAAAUUGCAAAAUGAGAAGGUCAUUCCAUCUUCAUGCAUAGAUAACUACUAUCUAGUGGAUGCCUUGGAGUCCCAUAUAUCGGAGGUUGAUAAAGAUCAACUUGUACUCUAUGCUCAGAUGGCCAAUCUUGUGGACCUCAUUCUUCCUUCACUUGAAUUUGAUCUCGAGGAAAUUGCACAUAAUUUUUCUAAGUUUGCCUGCAAUGCUCAUACAAUAUGUGAUCCUGAGCUUAGACCUCUUGGGACUGGAUUGUACCCUGUUAUAUCUAUAAUUAACCACAGUUGUGUACCAAAUGCAGUUCUGACAUUUGAUGGUCGGACAGCUUGUGUUCGCGCUUUGCAACCUAUAGGGAAAGAUGAAGAGGUGUCGAUAAGCUACAUCGAGACUGCAGCAGUCACUAAGAAGAGACAGAGUGAUCUGAAGCAGUACUUCUUCACCUGCACAUGCCCACGCUGUGUCAAGGGUUCUGAGGACGAUGCUCUACUUGAGAGAUAUAGAUGCAAGAACCAAGCAUGUGAUGGGUUUCUGCUUUCUGAGUCAGGAGAAAAGGCUUACACAUGCCAGAAAUGUAGCAUUUCUAGAGAUGAGGAAGAGGUCAAAAAGACAACAAGAGAAAUUGUACUGCUGUCAGAUAAAGCAUCUUCACUUCUUUCGUCAGGAAGGAAAAUAGAUACCACUGAAGCAGGUUCUAUCUACAAGACAAUUGAGCAGCUAGAGCAGAAGCUCUACCAUGCUUUCUCAAUCACUUUGCUGCACACACGUGAAACACUGCUGAAGAUAUACAUGGAGUUACAAGAUUGGCAGACUGCAUUGACGUAUUGCAGAUCAACAAUUCCUGUUUAUGAAAGAGUUUAUCCACCAUUUCAUCCAAUGAUCGGAUUACAAUUCUAUACUUGUGGAAAGCUUGAAUGGCUGCUCGAGUGCACAGAGGACGCUCUGAAAUCUCUAACCAGAGCAGCAGAUGUACUUAGAAUAACACAUGGCACAAAGUCACAGUUCAUGAAGGAGCUCUUUGGCAAGCUAGAGGAAGCAAGGGCUGAAGUUUCUUUUAGGCUAUCCUCCGGUCGUGGGCAUGGUAAGCAAUUUUCAUGAGGGACUGCAAGCCAACUAUGAUGGAAAAUAGAUAUAAUAUAAAAAAAUAUGCUGCUGUCGUUGAGACAAUGUUCAAAAAAUACAGAAGCAUUGAAAAUGUCUAGGCAUACAAAUAGCAUUGUUGGGAUAGCGACCAGCUCAUUCCAAGCUUCAUUCAGUUGGAAAUGGGGAAAUAGCAUCUGCUGUAAAACUGAUCUGAUUUUUUAUUUUAUUGUCAUCAUGUGGCGAGUUGAACUCCAUGCUAUCUUC